AAUCUGGACACAAUCUUUGCUGGCAGUCUGAGCAUAUCAACACAUCAUUUUUGUCUUGAGAUCUGAUGUAAAAACAGUCCAGGUUAUUGGAUUUGCCAAAAACGGGGAAAACAUCAACCAUUGAGUGGAAAAGAAUCUGUAGCAUUCAGAAAUUGGUGGGAAUACAUAAGGUAUUUGAACAUCAAGGGAACUAUCUUUCUGUUCUGUUCAGGCUAAUACCUCUACAUUUUUUAAAUAACUUAUUGACUUAAGUGCUAAAAUAUCGUAGUAAAUUAACACAAUGUAUCUCUUAAACCAGAAGAAAUGUGAUAUUGGCACAUUUUUGUGAAAAUUAGAAGUGGUCCCAGGACCCAGAUUAUCCCUAAACCUCUAGACCGAGUAAUUUUACAGCCAUCUUUGUGCUCUCUAGAAAACCAGGUCCUUUCAAAGGCCUCCUGGGUAAUCAGGAAAACAAAUCAGUAUGUCAUAAAAAUGAGAGAGGGCUCAAUGAAAAAAGCCCUUUCUGCUUUCAUUUAGGCUAAUCUCCUUGCCUGCCAUUUUACAACCCCUCUUGACCUCUGCAAUCCCGUCAGAUUUACAUGUAGGGCCAUCUUCAAAAAUGCUCAUUCCUGCAGAAACUUAAUUUAAAUUCCUAUUAAAUUAAGCAUAAGGGUGUGUGCUUUCAAGGGUUAAAAGGCAGGACAUGAUUGUGCAGCUUCUCCAUGUCCAACAUAAGGUGAGCUAGCACCUCUAAAACCAAAUAGUGUUUCCAACUGGGUCAUUGAAGGGGCCACAGAGCGAGGCCUCAGCAGUGAAUAAUGCCGUUCUUUCAUGUGCAGGAUUGAUUGGAGAUCGGACCAGUGUGGAUUUCAGGGAUCAGAUUUGACAGCUUCACUUCACAGCCUAUCAAGCAUAGCCAGAUGUAACAUAUCUACACUGACUGAUCAAGGGGCCUCGUGUCAGAGCAUGAAGAAAACCGAUCUGUUACAACAGAGGCACAGCAUUGACCUAUGAGUUUUCGCCCUUCACUGCUCCAUGGCCACCCUCGCCCGCAGCGCGCCUCUGCAGCCGGAGAUGGGCGCACUUGUUGAGGGAGCUCAGUUCCAGGAGAUCGUGCUGAGGAGCCGCAGCUUGAUAGAAAAGAUCCUGCUCUCCAUUCCCGACACGCACAAAGAAUGCAUUCACAUCCAGAUACUAAAACUUAAUUCUUCAGAAAAUGCCAAUUUUGUGACAAUGGCAUCCACCAUCGGCAUCCCGGCUGCUCCUGUACUCAAAGUGGUGUCAGAAAACUUCUCUUUGGAGACCGGUUUGAGACGCAUGUCGGAGGGUCUUCAGCUGCACCGGGCCUUACUGAGCUCCGUCUCUCCUCGGCUGGAACAGAAAGACAGAGUGAUCGGGCUACAGGCUGACAUCAGAGACCUCGUGGUUCAGAUCAAUAAGAUGCUGAAAAUAGCCCAAGCCGAGGCUGUGGUGCAGCCCUCUCCGACCCCCGUGGCCUUGCGUCUCCCGGGGGAAUAUGAGGUCCAGGUGGCGGCUCACCUGACCCUGGUCCAGCUGCAGGCCUUCGGGCAGGACACGGCGCGCUGCCUUAGGGGUCUGGACCGGAGCAAUGACGAGGAAACGCAAAGCUGACCAACAUUUUUACUCUAAUUGCAUUUGGUUUUUGUCCAAAUCAUACCUUUUAUCUGUCAUUUUUUACCAUGGUUAAUAUGUAUUUAUGUUAAAUGAUUAUGUAUUUAUUUUUUGAAUCUAUUUAUAUAUAUUUAUUCACUGAAUGUGGAAUAUUUAUUUAGGGAAUUAAUUUAUGAUAACAGUGUGUCCUGUUUUAUUACGUAGCAUUGACUGUAAAUUAAAUCUUCUUUAAUUUAGUCUGAAAAUAAUUUAAAUGGUUCAAAUUUAUAAAGCGAGGUUCAAUAAUAAUAAUGAAAAGCAGAACAGAACAUUUACAGAUAGUUUUUUACUUUGUAAUAACUAAUGUAUGUAAUAUAUGUAAAUUAUAUUUGAAUGAAACAAUUUUUUUUACAAAUCUUAUUUUUUUUAAAGAA